UGUUGUUAACAUUGUUUUUAUUUUCACUUAACUCGUGUUAUUGUCUCUCACCAAUUUCUCUAUCCUCUUAUAAUAACAACAACUCAAGUGAGAUAUCAACAUACACCACUCCACAUUCUGGAGACAGCACAGCACAGUUCUUUCAUUUGCCUCCCACCUCCCAAAUUUCCUUGAUCAACAGGGGAAUUUGGUCUAAUUCUGAUUCCUUCUCUUUGAAGGGCUUUUGAGGAUUAGGGUUUUGGGGGGUGAUUCUUUUGUUUGCUGGAUUAGGGGCAUUUGGUUGCUGGGCACUGGCUGGGAGUUCAAAGAUUUUAGCUUUUAGCUCGUGCUGAAGAUCAAGGAUCAUGCAAUCAAAAUCUGAAACUACCAAUCCGCCUAGGUCUAAUCCACAAUCCUUUACGCCUAGCAAUGUUUAUUCUGAACCCUGGUGGCGUGGUAUUCAUCCUCAUUACAAACCUGUUCCUCCACAAGCAAUGUCAGGAGUGAACGCAUCAAAUUCAUCAUCACUUGAACGUCCUCCACAAGCAAUGUCAGUAGUGAACGCAUCAAAUUCAUCAUCACUUGAACGUCCUAAUGGCGAUUCAGAAUCCAGUGAAGAUCAAUCUUUGUCCAACAAUGGGGUGAAUGAGGAAGACGAUGAUGUCACCAAAGAAUCACAACCCACUGCUCCUAAUCAACCAGGAAGUUAUGGACAAGACCAACAAGCCAUGCUGCAUUCUUCAUCAUCUGCACCUUCUAGGCGUGAUGACUGCGUUCCACCACAUGCUCCACAACUAGAACUUAUUAGCCAUUCAUUUGGAUAUGCUCCUUUUAUAGGAAUGCCUCAUGCUAGAAUGGCUUUGCCGCUUGAGAUGGCUCAAGAGCCUGUUUAUGUGAAUGCCAAACAGUACCAAGGAAUUCUGAGACGAAGACAGGCUCGUGCUAAAGCAGAGCUUGAAAAGAAACUAAUAAAAGUCAGAAAGCCAUAUCUUCAUGAAUCUCGUCAUCAGCAUGCUAUGAGAAGAGCAAGAGGUAACGGAGGGCGUUUUGCAAAGAAAACUGAGGUCGAAGCUUCCAAACAUACGAACAAGGAAAAGAAUAUGGGUGCUGCAGGUCCAGUUUCAGUUAAUUCAUCUGAUUCUGCUAAGACAUGGAACUCUGCCAGUGUGCAACAAGACGCAAGAGGUUCUCAGGUGCAUGAGAGAUUUGAGAAACACAACUAUGCAAAUGUUUUGCAGUCAUCAUCUGCGUUCUGUUUGCACUCCGGUGAGAGAGUAGAGGAAGGGGACUGUUCAGGUCAACAACGGGGAAGCAUCUCCUCUGAGCAAAGCUCACAGAGGCGUCUUGCUAUUCAGUAAAUCACUGCUUCGGUUGAUGGUGAGGUUGGUGUAUAAUUGAGGGAAGUAGUUCUUUGAGUCGAAACCAUAAACAUUGGCAAUUUGCAUGCCGUGCGGCAAAUCAUUCUUGGCUGUGUUUAUGCUGGUCAUCAUACGAGGAGAAGAAUGAUUGAUUGGGCCCAUGAUGUUUGUCUUGUUGAAGUCAACCAAUCCUUCGUUAUAUUCUCUAUUGUUUUUUUUUCUUUAUUUUGUACAAACAAUGUUAAGCAGGUAGGAAAGUCAAGCCUACGGAUUAGAAGACAUUAUGGAACAAACUGUUUCUUUAGAUUCACUUUAUGCUGGCUUUAUUCCAUGUUAUCUUUGCUUGGUUGUUAAUGUUGAGUUUGAGACAUCAUAUUAGUUCAA